CAAUGUGUGAAGCUUUUUAGCAGCUAGGAAGCUCUCCAAUUUUGGGCAAUACGAUGGUGUAGAUCGAGCUAAAUACCAUACACCAUUCUUCAAUCUGGCGUCCACAAAAAACAAAAGUGUGACGGGCCAAAACAAUUAUGAAUUCGUCUCCCGCUCGUGCCGUGCAGGCAAUCGUCCGAAGUCAGGGUCGGCAGCGGUCGACACUUGAGCGCGCUUGCUUGAGCUGCGCAACAAUCGCCCACACUCGCAGGUGUUUUUCGGUGUUUGACCGGCCACCACCCAACUACCCCGGCCAUGUGCCACUGACCAGAGUUGAGCGCGCCGGCCUUGCUGUUGGCUCAGGAUUGUGGUCGCUUCUCGAUCCCACCCGAGGAGACCUGAUCGCCGCCUUUGCCGAAGCGACCGCGACCCCCUACUUCGUCCCGCGCCUCCGCGACGCCAUGCUCGCCUCGCCCACCGGCCGCCGGAUCCUCCGCGACCGGCCGCGUAUCACCUCGGCGUCGCUCGACCUGCCGCGGCUUCGCUCUCUGCCUGCUGGGACCGUCGGGGCGACGUACGUGGCCUGGCUGGACCGCGAGGGGGUCACCCCGGACACGCGGGCGCACGUGCGGUACGUGGACGACGAGGAGUGCGCGUACGUCCUGCAGCGCUACCGAGAGAGCCAUGACUUUUACCACGCGCUGACGGGCCUCCCCGUCGUGCGCGAGGGCGAGGUCGCCCUCAAGGCCUUCGAGUUCGCCAACACCCUCCUGCCCAUGACGGGCCUGGCCACCUUUGCCGCCUUCACGCUGCGCCGGGGAGAGAGGAGGCGCUUCGUCGACACGUACCUGCCCUGGGCGGUCAAGAACGGCUUGCGAGCCAAGGAUGUCAUCAACGUGUACUGGGAGGAGGAGAUGGAGACGGACGUGGUCGAUUUGAGGAAGGCCUUGGGCAUCGAGCCGCCGCCGGAUAUGAGGGAUGCCAGGAAGAGGGAGAAGGAGGCCAGGCGGCGGAGGAAGCAGCUUGAGGCUGAAGCUCAACGGGCCCCGGGUGCAGCAAGCUUAUAAAGGUGGAGGUUUAUAUGUGCGUCGAGUGCGCAUAGGCGAGUCGAGCUGGAUGACUUGUAUUACCAUUUGUAGCACCACUACUCACUACGUCUUUGUAAUUUAUUAUGCUGUAUCAUAUCACAGUAGGUAUUUUGACAAA